AUGGGAAACGAUCGUUGUUUUGUUGAAGCUCAACGUUUACCAUUUCGUUUAAUUGAAGUUCGAACUGGUCACGCUCCACUCAAUCCUUCACCACGUGUUCAAGGAUAUGACGCGCCUUCAUCGCUUCGUCCUCUUCCCGUUAUAUCAAAAUGUUAUGAUGAACCUCCACUACCACAAUUACCUCAAAGAUCUGAUCGUGAUCAAUCAAAUUCAAAUAAAAAAAUUCAUCAUUGA